GAGAGAGAGGAAGGGGGGGGGGGAGCAAACACAGUUUUCAGAGUCCCGACAAAAUUGGGCCGUCAACUUCAGAUCCAGGGUCCAGUAUCUAUCUCUGGGGUCCAUUUGACGGAGGCCUUUUGUCGUUUAGUUACUCUCUCUUUCUCUGUAAAUCUCAAAUCUCUCUCUCUCUCUCUCUCUCCCCUCUUGAUCUUCUAUCUCUGUGUCUGCCCGCGACUUCUCUCCUCGAAUCGCGAAAACUAACCCUAAUCUCUCUCACGAACACACAACCAUCGAAUUAACGCACUUGAUUGCAAUUCGGUCCACAUUUUGACGGUUGAUUUGAUCACCAGCUUGAUCAAGAAAGAGAGAGAGAGAGAGAGGGAAAGUGUUCGCAUUUGAUCAUCAACAAGGUCUGAGCUCAAAAGUGUGUGGAGGAAAAGAGGGGGUGCAAGCAAAAGCAGAGCAAGAGUAGGGAUUUGGAAUAUCGAAGUGCUUGCCUGGGGGUUAAAAAGGUUAGAGCCUCUGUAGAAAGAGCAGCUUCAGCCUACACCCAACAACCACAGUUACAAUAGACUGUCAGUUGCAAAGAUCAAAGAACCUUGAGACUUGCCUUUGCAGGACCAGAUUGGAAUCUUAAGUUGAGAAAGCUUCAGAUAUGUUUCCAUUUGGGAGGGAGAGGAGUGUGGAAACCACUGUCUUUGUCCUUAUAUUGUCUAAUUUCAGCUUCUCGUCUUGAAUUGGGGAUUGUUUAAUUUUUCUUAGACAUUUAGCUCCUGGAAAAGGACCCACGAUACUGAUGAUCACACAUCAGCUAAUAUGGUUCUCUAGUUGAGUGUGGCGUUGUAUGAGGGUUUGGAAAUGGCAUUGUGUACUGAAGAGGAGCAAUCUGAGGAUUAUCUUUUCAAGGUUGUUUUGAUUGGCGAUUCAGCUGUUGGGAAAUCAAACUUGCUUGCUAGAUUUGCAAGGGAUGAGUUUUACCCUAAUUCUAAAUCAACUAUAGGAGUAGAGUUCCAAACUCAGAAAAUGGAUAUCAAUGGGAAGGAAGUUAAGGCACAGAUCUGGGACACAGCUGGUCAGGAGCGAUUCAGGAGAGCUGUUACAUCUGCAUAUUACAGGGGCGCGGUUGGAGCUCUUUUGGUAUAUGACAUCAGUAGGCGUCAGACAUUCGAUGACAUUGGCAGAUGGCUUAAUGAACUUCACACUCACUCCGACAUGAAUGUAGUUACAAUACUGGUUGGGAACAAGUCCGAUCUUAAAGAUUUGAGGGAGGUUUCCACCGCUGAAGGCAAGGCCUUGGCCGAGGCACAAGGUUUGUUUUUUAUUGAAACUUCCGCUCUUGAUUCCUCCAAUGUAGCCGCUGCGUUUCAGACAGUUGUGAUAGAGAUCUAUAAUAUUUUGAGUCGGAAAGUAAUACAAACUCAAGAGCUCAAAAAAGAAGAUCCUGCGUGGAUGGGAAGUGGAAAGACCAUCGUGUUGCAUGAUGGGAACCAGGAAGUAGAUGGUCAAGCUAAAAAAGGUGGGUGUUGUUAAUCCUAAGGCUAUUUUUGGGUUGGGAAUUUGUGGCUUUACCCAAGCCCAAAAUUUUGAGUGUUAUAAAGUUUUUAGCCAUUUCUUCUCCCUUGUGUAAUUCAAAUUGUUGUUACUGUUAAAAUGUUGAUUCAAACAAUAUUUUUUGUUUUCUUUUUUCA